AUGAACCGCCCUUCGAGAACAGACGAUGACUUUGAGCAUCCUGAUUGGAACCAGAACCCGCCGUUUCUCGCUCCCGACCUCACCACUUGCGAGGACCUCAAUGGCAUCGCAAACGCCCGCGAGCAGCGCAAUGGCGCAUCAGGAGGGGCAGCCAGUGCAUUUGGGGUAUUAAAUGACGAGAAGGGGAGUUUUAUCAAAAAUUGCGACAAGCAAACCCGCGCUUGGGGGCGCAAUCCCUCUGCAAUGAGCGGUCAUCCGCCCAUUGCAGCCCCCCAGACAGUGCUAGGUGGUGAAGGCCGAGCCUGUCAUUCCCAGCCUCUGAUCCGGCCCCCCUCGGGCUGGAUUGGAUGGCUUCUCUCUGUUGUCGCUGUGUCGACAAUGGUGCAUGUCGCCGGACACGGUGUACCGGUCAUGUUUUCGGGUGGUCAUCCCGUCGAGACGACCACCGCCAGUUCCAGUGCUGUUGUUCCCCGCGAAUCUUCUCUGCUCUUGAAGCAGCUCACCAAGCGCCAGGACAAUGGUCGCUGCGGUACAAAUGACAAUGCUACCGCCGACUACAACAUGCCGCUUCAUGUGGGCGCCCUGGUUAUCAUCCUCGCCGUCUCCGGACUGGCUUGCGCUCUGCCCAUGAUCGCCCUCAAGUUCCCCAUCAUUCGCAUCCCCGAGCGCUUCUUUUUCGCUGUUCGUCAUUUUGGUACCGGUGUCCUGCUCGCCACCGCUUUCGUGCAUCUCCUCCCGACGGCUUUCAUCUCUCUUGGCGACCCGUGCCUCUCCAGCUUCUGGACUGAUGACUACCCCGCUAUGCCGGGGGCUAUUGCCCUGCUUGGAAUUUUCUUCGUGGCCGUCAUCGAGAUGGUGUUUAGCCCUGCUCGUCAGUACACCCUUCGUCCUGGGAGACAAGCCGAGGACAGUGAUGGGUCACAGGCGCAAGAGGAGCUUCCCCAUCGUCACCGGUCUACGUCCUUUGGUGGCCACUGUUCCCAGGCACCAGUACUGGCUGCUAUCACGAGGCCUUCGGGGACCACUCGCCGGGGAAGCCAGGCUGUUGUUGAGCCUGUUUCCGAGGAGAGUGUGGCGGUUGGGCGUGAAACCCCGGCCGUUUCCCCAGAUGAGAAGAUGAGGUCUAAGGAACUGCUUGGGAGCGCUGUGGAAUCCCAGCAAGUCGGCCUUACUGAGGAGCAGCUACACAAGAAGAAGAUCUUGCAGUGCAUGCUUCUCGAGGUCGGCAUCUUGUUUCACAGUAUUUUCAUUGGUAUGGCGUUAAGUGUCGCCGUCGGCGGCAACUUUGUCGUCUUGUUAAUUGCUGUUGCCUUUCACCAAACGUUUGAGGGUCUCGCAUUGGGAGCUCGUAUUGCCUCUAUCAACUGGCAAAAGGGGAUGUUGCAGCCAUGGUUCAUGGUGUUGGCUUAUGGAUGCACGACACCUAUUGGUCAAGCUAUUGGUCUAGCCACCCACACUCUUUACGCCCCCGACUCUGAGUUUGGCCUGAUCUUGGUGGGAACCAUGAACGCCAUCUCAUCGGGACUGCUUGUUUUUGCCGCCCUCAUCGAGUUGCUCGCGGAGGACUUUCUUAGUGAUGACAGCUGGGCUACCCUCCGCGGUCGCAAGCGGGUUGCGGCCUGCUUCCUUGUGCUUUUUGGCGCCAUUUGCAUGAGUUUAGUUGGAGCCUGGGCUUAG